AGACUUUAGAGAACCGGGAAAGCGAGAGGAGAGAGAAUGACAGAGGGUGGGGUGGGAUAAUGUCGGAAAGAGAAAGUAUCUGAUGCUGGAAGAGUGAGACAGUGUGUAACACGGGAGGAGAGUGACAGUGAGAAAGAGUGAGAGAGAAGGGUAGAGGCAGUGAACGAAAAUGGGUGAGAAAGAGUGAGUGUGAGAGAGCGAUUGAUAGUGAGAGGGAAAGUGAUCGAGUGAGUGACAGUGAGAAGUAGUGGGAGAGGGAGGGGUAGUGACGGUGUGCGGGGGGGAGGAGGAGGAGGCGGCGGUAGUGAGUGGUCGCGGGCAGAGUCGAACCGAGGUAGGCGUUGGGAGAACUGGAGGGGGUGGAGCCGCUUUGAGUUCUCGGAGAUCAGGAUGGUGGCGGGCGGCGGGCGGAGGGCUGCGGUCGGCGGAGCUCCGGAACUCAGUUACUGGGAUCACGAGCCCACUGAUUACACUUUAAACGAGGAAGAACAGCGAUGCCAGUACUUGGUCAAGCUCCUCGAAAACUGCCUGUCCAGAGCUAAGAAGACUAAGCUGCACUGCUCCGAAGUUCUGGUUCCUGAGAAAAUGAUCAGCAAGAUAGCCAGGGACAUGCUGUGCCUUGCCUCCAACGAGCCUUGUGGUCUGCGUGGAUCCGUCGUCUAUGUGAUGGUGGAGAUUGAGAGCAUGUGCAGAAAGUUAGACCACAUUGUUUAUGACUCCACUGUUGUUCCAACUUUUGAAUUGACUUUGAUUCUUAAGGAGGACAGCAGCAUAUGGCCUGUUCUCCGAGAUUUCUUUUUCAUUGGUACCUGUUUUACCCCUGGGUUCAGGCAAGCACUGAAACUUAGUCCCGGGUUCCGCUUGAUUAAGAAGAAGCUCUACUCAUCGUCUUCAACAGGGACUGUAAUUGAAUGUUAAACCUGGUCUAACACUGAGUGGCAGCUUUACCUCACCACCAUCACCACUUUAUUCUGUGGCAAUUUAACAUCAGUGUUGCCAAUUUAGAUAGAAAUUGUUACUACUCAAUUUUUAUUGUGUGCCUUGGUUGUCAACUUGGUAACAGCCACUGAGGUUUGAUAUUGGCUUUGAAGCUGAAUUGCCAACCAGUUAGGGAUCUUCUUUGUUAUGGUUGAUCUCUCACCCUGAUGGACAGAUCAUUACAAGAUUCAGUAAAAUCUCUAAUCUGAGAUGAAAAUCAUAGAGCUCUAGUGAACAGAAACAGACCCUUCAGCCCACCUAGUCCAUGUCAGUCUGGUCUAUCUACCUGCCCUCCAUCCCUCUCUCAUCCAUGGACAUAUACAAUCUUCUCUCAAAUGUUGCAAUUGACCUCUCAUUCACCAUUUCUGCUAGCAGUUCGUCCACACUCACACCACCCUCUGAGUGACAAAGAUUUGCCCCUCCUCCAAUUCCCCUUAAAUAUUUCACUUUUCACCCUAAACCUAUGACCUCUGGUUCUAAUCUCACCCAUCCUGAGUGGAAAAAAGCCUACAUAUAUUCACCCUAUCUAUACCCUCAUAAUUUAAAAAUCUCCCCUCAUUCUCCUGUGCUCUGGGAAAUAAAGUCCUAAUCUGUUCAUCCUUCCCCUAUGUGGGGCGGAGAAUUGCCAGUCUGUUUUGGUGAAAGAUGGUAUUGAUGCACUGUCAACAACUCUCGGAGAUGGGAGGCAAAUGAUUGGCUUGUAUUAGCUGCAAGAAAUCACCACACAACAUCCUGGAGACUGAGGGGGGAGCAGUGCCUCCAACCGCCUUUAUACAGGGGUCUGUGGGAGGAGCCACAGGAGCAGUCAGCAGAGGGUCGUGUCCAGACAGGUAUAUGUAGUUCACCACAGGUACUCCCUGGGAUACCGGGAGAUCUUGCUGUUGAGGUACUGUUGUGGGAUUGUUGCACUGAACCAUUUCAUUCAGGAUUCUGGUCUAACAACUGUUCCUACCACCUCCCCCAGUAGUAGCUCCAACUUGUGUCAGUGCUAAUGCGAAGGAACCAGCUUGGGUCGAGUUACCAGAGACUUGAGCCUGUUGUUCUGGCACUGACAAGAGCUGUGUGAUAAGCCAAGCAGGUUGCAGCUGGGGUCAGGCUACCUGCACUGAAAAGCUCCUGAAAGUCAACGAAGUGCCAAUGCUGGAAAUAUGAACGAGAAACACAAAAUGCUGGAAACGCUCCAGAGAUGCAGUCUGAUGUGCUAAGUGUUUCCAGAACUUGCGGUUUUCAGAAGAACUUGUCUGGCUCCGCAAUAUUGGGUUCGACUUGCUUCCAAAUGUGCUGAAUAACUGUGGGAUAUAUGACUUGCCUUGUCUUGGAAUUUUCAGUAAAGGAGCUGGUUCAUGCGCUACAGUCACUGGGUAUAGCUUUGUACUAGUUACGGAUGUGAAUAUAUUGAAAACUGAAGAUGUGACUAUUUAGGUAAUGGCCUGAUGUUUACAGAUUGCAUGUGGUUAAUGCUGAGUUUUUGGGCUAACUAAUGCAAGGGGCAGGGAUAGUGAUGUAGUGUUAGGGAUGGGACUCUCAUUUACAUGACUAUCACUUGCCUUUGUUGUGGUAGGCAUGCUGGUGUUGACAAUUUUGAUGAUCAGUGCCUUCUAAUUUCAGAUACUGGACUCAAAGACUGAGCACACUCUCUGUAGACUGUGUAAUAUGGUUAUCAAAAGAAAAUGUUCCUUUUGGAGAAAACCUUGGACAAUAAAUCAGAUUUUUAUAGCCUGA